CCUGCUAUAAAUAGGGACCCGCUGGCAACACAUGCAUGUCUAUGACAGGCGCUUACAGAUUCCCCUCACACGCUCCGGCUCCAAAGCAACACCGACAGCUCUUCAAUGGUCCUCCAUCUGAAGAGCGGCUUUUUUACCUCCCGUGGAACUUUUACAUGGACAGCUCCAUUAACUUUGAGUCCCCUUUCAUUCCUCCUCCUUCUUUCAUUUUUUUAACCACAGGUUUAUAUAUCUGGGAAUUUCUCUCUAUAUAUGUUCUUUUUGUGAACUGCCCUGGUGGACGAUGACUUCAAGGAGGCCAAUGACUCGCUCAUUUUCUGGCAAUGGGAGAACCAGCAGCUUCAGCGAAGAGGAGGGCGGCUCUUCCAAUGGCCGCUCCGAGAGCCGCAACACUUAUCUGUCCAAUGUCAGGCCUGAAAACAGCUAUUCAAGGUAUUCUCACUACAGACCAGCGAGGAGCACGCUGUGCAGCGUCAUGGCCCAGCUGACCGAGGACGUCCAGCCCUCUUUUGAGACCACGCUGAAAUCCAAGGCCGUGUCAGAGAACUGUAACGUGAAAUUCACCUGCGUCGUGUCAGGUUACCCGGCUCCAGAACUGAAAUGGUAUAAAGACGACAUGGAAAUGGACCGCUACUGUGGACUCCCCAAAUAUGAAAUCCGCCGAAAUGGAAAAACUCACACUCUUCAUAUUUACAACUGCACAUUGGAUGAUGCAGCGAUCUACCAGGUCUCGGCCAGCAAUAGCAAAGGUAUUGUCUCCUGCUCUGGAGUUUUGGAGGUCGGUACCAUGAAUGAAUACAAGAUCCACCAGCGAUUCUUUGCAAAGCUGAAGCAGAAAGCAGAGAAGAAGAAAAGGGACGUUGAGGACAAGGGCAAGAAGGACAAUAAAGAAAACAUUCAGAAAGAAGAGCAGCGGAGUAGCCCCGAGCAUUCACACAGGAAACGCUCCGUGCCGCCACUGGAGGAGAAGCCAGUGGUCAACAACUCUGCGGCCGCAGAGCCGCCAGGAGAUGCUGCAGAAUCAAAGGCAGUUACGUCAGCAAGCACAGAUACAAGAGAUUAUACCUCUGUAAACAGUUCUUUGGAUAAGGAGGAAUCAGAGGAAGCACUGGCUAAAAAGAGAAUAAAGAGGUCAAACAGUGUAGACACGGGGGUCAACAGCAGCAUUAGCAAAAGUCACACGAUGGGCAGUGGAGGUGAAAAUUCAUACGAUGGAGGCAUCGGUCUAGCACAGUUUUUGGCGGAGACUCUUCAGUCUCAAUCUGCUGAGGAGAAUCAAGAGGAGAAACCCAAGGAGGCAGACAUGGAAACUUUAAAGGAAGAUAAAGAAAAUGAAAUGGAGGUGACACAAAACACGUUAGAAGAGCAGGACAAAGAAGAAUGCACAAAAGAGAAAGAGAGACACGAGGAAUUAGUGAUAGAAAGCGAAAAUAAAAGAGAAAAACAGCCAGAGGUGACCCACACUAGCAAACUCCAGAAGUCCAGUAGUCCAGGAGUCAAACAUCACUACAAGGGUCAAAAAGAUCACGAGCAGCACAAUAUUCAGGCCUCCAUCUCCUCCAUGCUGCACUCUGUUAAAGACUUCUUCUUUGGUAAGAGCAAGAAAGACUCUCACAGUAUCUCACACACGCAGAAUGAAGAUGAAGGUCUUGACCACCCAGCAGUGCUUGCUGAGCCUGAACCAGACAUGCCUCCAUCACUUCAGCUGCAAGCAGAACAUAGUUCAGAGGUGCUCAAGCACAUGGCGGAGGACGCCGCGCCAAUGGAAACCGAUAAAGCAGCGGAGCCCUCGGAAAGCGUGGAGCAACACGCAGAACCGCUUAAAUUCAACUGUGAAGGAGCAGAUUUACCAGCCGAUCAUCAACUGCUUCCAGAGACCAAGGAAGAAUGUGCAAAAAAGAAUAUAGGAGAGGGUGAUGGGAACGUGGAAGCCAUGGAGGUAUCUACAGAGGCAGAGAGCAGCAGUUCAGCGGAGGAAAAGUCAUUGUCUGGGUAUCAAGUUCACGCCGAGGAUGAAAAGAAAGACUCAGAGAUUGUUUCGGUCAUUAACGAGGAGCUCGUUCUUCAAACCCCUGAUCCCAAUUCUGGAAGAGAGGAACCUUUAUCUCAAAAAGAUAAAGAGCACUCCCUCCAAUCCACCCUUCUUAAGGUAGAAGACGGCUGCACUCCCCUUCAAAGUGUUAUCUCAGUGACUGAAAACCAUAACCGUGAAGCAGCGCUUACGGAAACUCUGGAAAAGGAGGAGGCCUGUGUUGUUGACAAAGAAAAGCCUGACACUGAAAAAGAUCACCCCACCCACCAGCUUUCUAAGGAGGAGAAAGCUGAAGUGAAAUCAAACAAACAAUCUGACUUGGAUAUAAAUAAGUCAGAGAUUACAAAAAUAUCUGCAGGUUCUUCGGAAGACCGACUUGAGCCGUGUGAAUCUGAUACAAGAGCUCAGGUGCUGUCUGCUCUUCCUGCUGCGGAAGCUCACGCCGCAGAGAAGUCUCGUUUAAAAGAAGACGCGAAACGCUCUUCGCUUAUUCAGGAAAUGAACGAAGGACUUCCCCCGUCUGAAGUCCCACAGUGUUUAGCGGUGGGUGACCAAAAAAAUCAACAGGAAGGAGCCCCUGUAGGUGGGGAAAUCACGGCUGACCAUCAGCAUACAAGCACGCCGAGUUCACACUUUGAGGAGAGGCACGUGGGGAAAGAGGAAUUCAGUUCUGCCACACAGGAUGAUGUCGAGAUGAACUGGUGCAACAGUUUAAAAACACAAGAGCAGGUGUCUCUGCGAGAUGAUGGCAGAGAAGCAAGGAGUGAAAGUUUGCAGCUAGAGUCAAUAAAAGAUGCGGGACUUGAUGAAGAAGGGUUGAGAGAACAAGAGAAUGCAAGUAACACUAAUGUUCUGGAGGAAAACAGUAAUAUUUCCAAUGGAAAAAUCAGUGGUUUAGGUUGGACUGGUGGACAUGGUUGCAACACAGUAAAUAUUCCAUCAAUCCAAAUAUCUAGCACCGAAGACAUCCCAGAUAAUACACCAUCUAUGCCAGAGAUGAACCCGAGCGAAGAAUGCAUAAUCCCAACCAUCAAAAUAAUGGAACCUGAUCUGAAAGAGUGCACUUUGCCUCUAAGUAUUUUGGCACUAAACAAGCCUGAUCUAAAUAAUUUGCAAAUGCAUGAUGCAACUCAUGAGUCGAAGACAGGAAUCCAAGACGAGAGGGUGGCUGAUUUCCCAGGCACGUUCCCCACGCACAGAGGAAUGCAGCGAAACGAUGACCUCUCACCUAAAGACAAAACAAAGGAAGUUGUUCAAGAACUGCACGAGCGCCAAAGCAGUGAACAGCCCCCUCUGACGGAAUAUGCUUCAAUUCCUGUCAUAAAUAUUUUGUGCAGUGAUGACCUGGAGGGCAACGCACUGGGUGACAGCGGUGGUCGGGCGACAGAAAAGGCUUUCGGAACGCCAACAGAGUUUGUGGUCCCUCCGAUAUCUGUUUCGUGUCAUGAAAGAGAAGUUGAGCUCAAACUGCCCUCUCCCACCAAGAGGACAGAAAGCGAAACUUCAGCUGGCACGCAAAGGGAAACACAACAGGGUGUCAGUGAAAACCUGAGUGAGAAGUCUCAAACGCCUCGAGCAAAAAAAGACGUAAAGGAAAUUGUUGAAAAGAGCCUAAAAGAGAACGCACUAACAGCAGUGAGCGAAACUCCAGUACCGAAGGUUGGUGGCGGUACUCCAACCUUCAGUAAACCGAUAGAGGACGGUGUUGUCCCUGUAUCCCUAAAGCAAAAGUCCCCAAAAGAUGCUAAAAGAGAGAGUUCUGUGUCGGUUGAGGAUUUCCUAAAAAACCGACCAUCAGUUGAGAGACUAAGCUCCAAACCCCCAACGUACCCUUCUUUAAGUCCAUCCAGCCUACGCAAGUUUAUGGCCAAAGCAGCUCCGGACUUAGACAACGAGACCACGGCCAACAUCCCCGCAAUCUCCGUGGAAGAUCGACAGAGCGACAGGGCGGAGGAGGAUUUCAGCGGGGGCUCGACGCCGACGUCAUCCCUGUCCUGCGAGAGCAGCCCCCGGCUCAAGCGCCGGGACAGCCUGACGCUCAUACGUUCUGCCACCCCCGAGGAGUUGGCCUCUGGAGCUCGCCGCAAAAUCUUCAUCCCAAAGAGAGAAGAGGAGCUGGAAGGAGCCGUGUUUAGCGUGCUGGAGGGCAAGAAGGAGAGCCCCUAUAUGUCACCGAGCCAGGCUCGCAGAGCUGCGCUGCUGCAAGCCUCCACGGGACAGAAAACCCCACCGAUGGAGAGGCGCUCUCCGCUGAUGAGUCGCAGAAAGGCCACGCUGGAGGUGCCCAAGGUUGUGGAGGAGGCCCCUGCCCCAGAACCAACCAGCGCUAAGGUAGAGGAAAAAACAGCUGGAAAGAAGACAGACCCUUUGAAAGCUCCUCAAGUAAUCCGUAAGAUCAGAGGAGAGCCCUUUCCAGAUGCGUCGGGACACCUGAAGCUGUGGUGCCAGUUCUUCAACGUGCUCUGUGACUCCAGCAUUAAGUGGUUCAAAGACGAAGAGGAAAUACUCCAGAUGAAGAGAAGUGGAGGAGAUGAAAGCCAAGUUGCUCUUGCAAUUGUACAUGCAUCCAGCCAAGACUGUGGUGUUUAUGGGUGUACAAUCAGUAAUGAAUACGGGAACGACACAACGGACUUCCUGCUCAGUGAAGAAAUUUUGUCUGAAUUCCUACUCAAGGAAGACUUGGAAGUUGGAGAGGAGAUUGAGAUGACCCCACUGCUGUUCACCAAAGGCCUGGCAGACAGCGGCACCUGGGGUGAGAAGUACUUUGGCCGCAUUUUAACCGAGACUGUCCACAUCGGAGAGGGCUGCACUCACAAAGCCAGCAGGGUUAAGGUUAUCUAUGGCCUAGAUCCUAUCUUUGAGUCCGGAAGCACCUGUAUCCUCAAAGUUCGCAACCCCAUUGCGUACGGAACCAAACAGGAGACCCUUGCGGAGAGAAAUUUGGAUAUUGCAAAGCAAGAAUGUAAAGUCCAAGACAUGGUCCGAGAAUACUGUAAGAUAUUUGCAGCUGAAGCGAGAGUAAAUGAAAACUUUGGCUUUUCAUUAGAAGUGAUCCCUCGGUAUCUAAUUCACCGGCCUGCCAACUCAGUGCCGUAUGCCACGGUGGAGGCUGAUCUCACGGGAGAGUUUGGGAAAUAUUGUACGAUAGAUGCCAAAGGAAAGCUGUUUUCACAAAACAUUUCAGAGCUGGAGCAGAAAUGCUGCGCGUUCCAGCACUGGAUCCAUCAGUGGACACACGGAAACUUGCUAGUCACUCAGCUGGAGGGUGUUGAGACAAAGAUAACAAAUGUUAAAGUUGUGACCAAGUCGAAAGGAUACCAAGGACUAACUGAAUGCGGCUCGCCGGAAGUGUUUGACCAGUUCCUGACGCAUCAUCAGUGCAACUACUACUGUGGGCUCCUUGGGCUUCGGGCGCUGAAAACAGAUCUGCAACAGCCGGCCAAACUAAAAGGCCCCAGAAGCCCCCUGCUCAACCGAAAGCUGGGCUCCAACAGCCCCCAGCUGCAGCGAAAAGGGCAAAGCCCGCAGAUGUCUAGAAAAGCAGCCAUUAGCCCAAAGAUAGCCAGAAAGGCUCAGGAAACAGAGGACAGUAACUCAGCAGGGAAACAAAAGCCCUCAGAAAGGCUUACUGUCCCUGAACUGAGGUAGGAAAUAAGACUUUCUUUUGAUUCCAGCAUUAAUGAUUCUGCGUUCCUUCUCUAGCUUCAGGUGUAAAAAGACAAGGACUUCAAGAGUUAAGGUUUAGAGCACCAAAGGUUGUUGCUUGAUCGUGCUUUGAGGAUAUUUUUUUCCCCCCUUUAGCUCAAAGAUCAAUGGUGCAAAACAACUAAUUAUUUUUACUGUUAAGGAAUUCAAAGACACUCUCGUAAGCUUUAAAGUAAAUCGUUUCAGACCGUUUUCUAAGAGUCUUAGCAGCUUACUGAGUGGAGAAUCCGCCGAAUGAUUGAAAGGAGAAAUCACAGUGGAUGUAUUUGAAAUUGAAAGUGGAAGUUGUACUGUACCCGGACGCAGCCAGUGAAUGUGUAUGUUUUGUUACUGAGUGUGUAUAUCUGUGAUGUAGAUUGUGCAAGGUAAAAUAUAUUAUUACACUUACA